GUCCGCCAUCAUGAAGCUAAGCUAACGGAGGAGGAGUUCUGCUCCGAGUUGGACUCAAGACACUUUUUCUUUGUUUCAACGGAACAUUUAUCAGCUCCGGAACCGACUCAUCGAUUAUCAGACUGUUCAUUUGGCAGAAAGCAGAUGGACCCUGGUGUUGUCGGUGCCAUUUGCAGACGAUGAGGUGACCUCCGACCUGUAGAGUCGUGGCUGCCCCCGCUGUCAGUGAUGGAGGACCUCUGGGGUGUAGCUGUAGCCGUCUUCCAGGUGUGGAUGUUUGUGGUGGUGUUCCUCAUCAUGCUGCCCGCCAUGUUUGGCCUCUCUCUGGGGGUCACCGGGGUCUACAUCCAGGUCCUGGUCAAAAUCCUGGAGUGGGCCACGUUACGGAUCCAGAGAGGACGGCAGGAGGAGUCCAGUGUGCCUGUGCCUCUGCCCAACGGGAUCAUUGAGCGAGCGGGGGGCUCGAUGGAGGAGGAGAUGGGGCAGCCGCGGAGCUCUCGUUCGCUGGUGGGAGGCGAGUUUGCUCUGAGCGACGCCCUCUACUUCUACAAGAAGGGUCUGGAGAGCAUCGUGGACGACCAGGUGACCCAGCGCUUCUCCUCCGAGGAGCUGGCCUCCUGGAACCUCCUCACCAGAACCAACCACAACUUCCGCUACAUCAGCCUCCGCCUCACCGUCAUCUGGGGCCUCGGCGUCUUCGUACGCUACUGCGUCCUCUUCCCUCUCAGGAUUACGCUGGCCAUCAUCGGCCUCUCGUGGCUCGUGAUCGGAACGGUUCUGGUUGGAUUUCUGCCCGAGAGCAGUGUGAAGAACUGGCUGAGUGAACUGGUCCAUCUGACCUGCUACAGGAUCUGUGCCAGAGGGCUGUCAGCCACCAUCCACUACCACAACAGAGAAAACAAACCUCAGAAAGGAGGAAUCUGUGUCGCCAACCACACCACUCCCAUCGACGUGGUGAUUCUGGCCAACGACGGUUGCUACGCCAUGGUGGGUCAGAUCCACGGCGGGCUGAUGGGGGUCAUGCAGAGGUCAAUGGUGAGGUCGUGUCCUCACGUUUGGUUCGAGAGGUCAGAGAUGAAGGACCGGCACGCUGUGACCAACAGGCUGAAAGCUCACAUCGCAGCCAAGACCAAACUUCCCAUCCUGAUAUUCCCUGAAGGAACCUGCAUCAACAACACUUCAGUCAUGAUGUUCAAGAAGGGAAGCUUUGAAAUUGGAGGGACCAUAUACCCGGUCACAAUCAAGUACGACCCUCAGUUCGGCGAUGCUUUCUGGAACAGCAGUAAAUACAACAUGGUCAGUUAUCUGCUCCGGAUGAUGACCAGCUGGGCCAUCGUGGUCAAUGUGUGGUACCUCCCUCCAAUGACCAUACAGGACGGUGAGGAUGCAGCUCAGUUUGCCAACAGAGUGAAAUCUGCCAUCGCUCAACAGGGAGGACUGCUGGACCUGGCAUGGGAUGGAGGACUGAAAAGAGGAAAAGUGAAGGAUUCGUAUAAAGAGGAGCAGCAGAAGAUGUACAGCAGCAUCAUCGUCGGACAGAACUCCUCCAGCACAGAGGAGCAGUGACACUGGUGAUACUGGUGAUACUGGUGAUACUGGUGAUACCGGUGACACUGGACAAUCACUCCCAGUGACCUGGAACUAGAUGAACAUUCCAGAGUCGUCUGAGAACUCGUUUUAAAGUCUUAUUUUACAGUUUUUAAACUGUCACACCAAAGUUCAAAUCAGCUCUUAUUUUGAAGUUCUGUGUGUGUAGGAGUGUAUUUCUACCAGCAGGGGGCAACGAAUGACAACACAUAAUCUCCUUCAUCCAUUUCUCUCUCCCCCCCGCCCUCCUCCUGACAGUCACUGAAGACUGGAGACACUUUCUUUCUCUUUGGGAACAUAUUUUAUGUUUGUUUAUAUUUUUUAAACCAUAUUUGUUGUUGUGAGCUGAUCAGAAAUAAACAUUAUUCAUUGUAAACAUUUAUUUUCAGACAGUAUUAUGGAAAGGAUCCCUACAGAGAUGAGAAACACUCAUUUUACCUUAUUAUUAUUUUACAGUUUUUAAACUCUCACACCAAAGUUCAAAUCAGCUUUUAUUUUGAAGUUCUGUGUGUGUAGGAGUAUAUUUCCUCCAGCAGGAGGCAGCGAAUGACAAGAUAAUCAUCCUCUUCAUCUAUUUCUCCUCCUCCUCCUCCUCCUGACUGCCAGUAAAGACUGGAAACUCUUUCUUUCUUUCUUUCUUCUUUCUGCGAGAACGUCUUAAAUGUUUGAAUUGUUUAUAUUUUUUAAACCAUGUUUGUUGUUGUUGCUGCUCAAAAACAAAUAUUGAUUGUAAAGAUUUAUCUUCAUACACAUUUAUAUUCACUGCACCUGUGUUUGUUUGUGUUAUUGUUUGUGUUAUUGUUUGUUUUGAUGCAAAAUAACAUGACAGACAGUCUGUG